AUGGCGACCGUGGCGGUGGAAGAGACGGGCGCGUGUCUGCUGUGCUACACCAUUCACUUUGUUUUGAAGUGCAUCGCUGUUGCGCGAGUCGGGGAUGUUCUUUUGACCUGCGCUGGCACUCGCUCUUUGUGGCGCACGCUUUCUCCACUUCGUCAUUCUCUGUCUCCCCUCUUUCUCUCUCUCUCACUCUCGCUCUUCCCUGCCUUGCCAGGCAACUGCGCCUACGGCUCUCGAGUCAAAACCUCGGCCUUCAGCCUAACUCUCCCCGCCGAACGUUGCCGACGCGUGCUUGAGGAAGGACGUGAGGCGCAGGGGACCACUGUUGCCGUGAACAGGACACUGGCACCUUCUCUCCUUCUACCCACAGCAAACACAAACCUCUGCACACCAAGGGGCACCCUCGUUGAAGCGAUGCUGCGUCCAACAUGCGCGCUGGCGGCGGCGGAAUUCAAGCAGAAGUCGCGCUGGUCCAGCGUGUGGCCGAACAUGCGCUAUGGCUCCAUGUACCUCAACUACAGCGUUGGCCGUCAGCUGCCGAUGAAGGGCGUGAACUGGGUAACGCGAGAUUCGAACCGGCUCACGAACUUUGCUGCUCGCUACAGCAGCGUCAUUGAAGACGUCGAUGUGAAGCGCAACGAGGAGGAGCUGAACAUCCAGAUGAGCGACGUGCGAUGGAACGAUCACCGCCGCAUCUACUGGAAGUGUUCUUUUUGCGGCUCGUCGUACCGCAAGAAUGUCUCGGUGCGCACCAAGUACCACGCUGGGUGCAACUUCUGCAAGGGCCGCUACGCCUCCGAGGUUCUGAGAGAGCAGACUCCGGUGGUGGCGCUGAGGGAAGCGCAGCCGGAGCUGUUCAAGGGCCUGGCUGAGAAUGAGAAGAAUGACAACAUAGGCUCGCUGAGCGUGACGAGCAAGUUCCGUGCUGAGUGGAAGUGCCAGUCGUGCGGGCAGCCGUACCGCGCGACAAUUCGCAGCCGCACCGGGCUCACAGAACCAGGGCAAGCGCCACUGCACCCACGCAUCACGGAGUGGUCUGCACACUGCCCCGCGUGCGCGUGGCGGACAAACAUGACUGCCAUAGGCCGUAAAGCGCAGGAGGAGGGCCAGUACCUGGGCCUCGAGACCUCCUUGGCGGAGCUGACGGGCGCGGCAGCAGGCAAGCGGAUCCCGCGUCGCAGAAAGCUGGUGGCGUGA